AUGUCCAAACUCGGCGUCAGCGCGAACGCCGACCCCUCGCAGUGGGCCGGCGCGUUCGAGUGCGACGCCUGUCGCCGUAAGCGUCUCCCCGCGAGCGAAUUCAGUCGUAAAACGCUCGAAUCAAAGCUCCAAAGAGGUUUACCUGGAAAGUGUAAAAAGUGCACCGACGAGCUCGCGAGCGCCGAGCGCGCGCGCGCGGGCGCGUCGACGUCCGACUCACCGCUCGCGUGCUCGGCGUGUUCGUUGACGAAACCCGCGAGCGCGUUUUCGAGGACGCAGACGCGGAUGGAGGCGACGACGCGGCGGUGCGCCGAGUGCGUGGAGCGGGCGGCGCGGGACGCGCGCGCGGCGAGCGAGACGCGGGCGUCGGAGACGUUGAGAGAGGCGCGAGAGGCGAGCGCGAGAGCGGAAGAGACGAAUGCGGUGGAUAAACUCGCGACGUUCGCUCGAGAGGCGGCGAUGGAGGCGACGGUUGUGACUGGAUUGAAACCGCAACGCGUCGGCGGACGCGGACGCGGACGCGGACGCGGGCGGUCGAAUCCGAAUAGCGUGCUCGGUCGAGGCGGGAGAACGUGA